ACUUUUUUUUUUUCAGGUUAAUUUCUGUGUCAAGUAAAAGGUCAGAGUAAUUUGGGUCUUCAUCUAUUUUGCCACACAGUACAUCAUACACUGAUUUCAUGUUCCCAUGCACUUGUAGUUUGCAUUAAUACACAUUCUUUGUAACUCUGGGGUUCAGGUGUCUUUGGGUAGCAGGAUUAUGUGAAUGCUGUUCACACUAUUACAUGGAAUACUGGUACAAGACAAAGUAUUGUAAAUAAUUUGAUUAACCAAACAGCUACAUUUAAGGCCAUGUAUUCUGUAAUCUGUACUGAAAUACUCUUUCAAAGUAACCCCUCCAUCACUGCACACACACCCUCCUGAGCCUACUGCAUCUCAGGCCCAGGUCUAGAGGAAUGUUGAGUGUCUCUACAGCCCCUCUCCCUGGAGAUUAGGCUCCACCAUGCAUGCCCCUCUCACUCCAUUCCAUUCCAAAGCAUGCCCCCUAAGAGCUGCCGCAUUUUUAUCUGAGCCCAGUGAUUGUGACAGAUUGGCCAAAUGACACACAUACACAGACACACAUUUGCGGACACAUGCUGAGGCACAAACAGAGGGGAGGCUGGUCAGCCCUGGGAGGGACCAGACAGCGCCAGACUCCAGCUAUAAAAGCCUCCCAGGUUGAGGCCAGUGUCCUGCCCUGAGCUGGACCGUACCUCCUUCCUCUGUGCCAGGACGCCGUCAGGACACACAGAAGACGAGCCUCCAACAUGAACGACAUCUACAAGGCAGCGGUUGAGCAGCUGACAGACGAACAGAAAAAUGAGUUCAAGGCUGCCUUUGACAUCUUCGUUCAAGAUGCAGAGGACGGCUGCAUCAGCACCAAAGAGCUGGGGAAGGUGAUGAGGAUGCUGGGCCAGAACCCAACACCAGAAGAGCUGCAGGAGAUGAUCGAUGAGGUGGAUGAAGAUGGGAGCGGCACGGUGGACUUCGACGAGUUCCUGGUCAUGAUGGUGAGGUGCAUGAAGGAUGACAGCAAAGGGAAGUCAGAGGAAGAACUGGCAGAGCUGUUUCGCAUGUUUGACAAAAACGCAGAUGGUUACAUUGACCUGGAUGAGCUAAAAAUGAUGCUGGAAUCAACAGGAGAAGCAAUUACCGAGGAUGACAUCGAGGAGCUGAUGAAAGACGGCGACAAGAACAAUGAUGGCAAAAUUGACUACGAUGAGUUCUUGGAGUUCAUGAAAGGAGUGGAGUAACCCAAAGAAGAUGCAACUCAGAGUGUUAUUUUUGUAUUUCUCUGUAACUCCAUGGUCAUCUGUGGAAAAGCAGAAACUGACUUGGAUGCCGUCGACAGAACCUCAGAACGACUUUGCAAGACUAAGUGAACACUAUAUCUGGAUGUUUCUGUAUUUUUCUACCAUCUCUUGCAUUGUUGUAAAUACAGUUUGUAACUAAUUUUGGUGUCCAUAUAUCCUGAAUUUGUGUAAAUGUAUCCAAAUGAUUCAUUUCUAUAUAAAGCCUACAUAAUAUACCAUUUGGGCUGCUUUGAAUAUUAAUUUUAUUUUUUGUUUCAAACUAAAUCUUAUCUCUAAAGAGCCAUCAGCAGUUUACAAAUCUUCUUACCAAAUCACUGCUAUUGUUGAAACUUUGCAGAAAAGGAAUGUACUGGAUUCAGUUUGCAUUCAUUGUAAACGUUUCUGUAUGUUUGAGACACCCCUUGGACUUUUUAUUUCCCUCUCAGAUCCCUGGUAUGCCUGCUUAUUUCUACAUAAAAUGAAAAAUGUAAUAAAUUCAGUGCAUUUGUCAGAGGA